AACAACAUGUGCGCGACUGCGCAAAGGAGAUUUCUCCAACAGGUGUCUUCAAGAAAUUCCCUCUCUCCGAGCAAAUUCAAACAAACGUCUGAGGGACAGUGCUAAAACUUUUUAUUAGGGCUUGAAAUUAGACGAAAACACUUUUUACUGGACCGAAAGUAGUUUGUGCGCUCUUUUGAAGAUUUACGCACGGAGAAAACACCUUCUGUUGGCUGAUAUCAUUUGCUAUUGACUUUAUGGAUACCAGAUGAACGAAUAGCUAUAGUUGAUAUGUUGAUUCGUAACAAGAUGAGCUUUGUCGUUUUGUGAUGCUUUGGAUUUUAUGACUCUCUUCAUGUGGGAAUCUCCUCUUCUCCAACAUCUGCGGGGUUGACAUCUAUGACUGACUUCUUUGGGAAUAUAGCCAGUGCUUGACCUGGACACUGUUUUAGUAUUUUGAUAAUGAUCAUCAUUUUGAAAUCUCCAAAUUGAUAAAUUGGGCUGAGGUGAAAAGUCGCAUACUGAACUGGAUGACGAUGAAGACAGUUUCAUUAAUUAUUGCUGUUUUGAUCAUUUGGAAUUCAGCAGUUUGUGUUAGUGGAUACCAAUUUCUAGACCCCCCUCACAGCCCCUGGCCUCUGUACUCUGUGGCAGAGGAGGGCACACGCUUACCCUGUCGAUUCAAUGUAUCAGACAAUGAGGUUAAGGUGGUGCAGGUGAUGUGGAUUCGAGAGAACUCGAAUGGAGAUGAAGAACAGAUUAUCACUGCUCAUUUCAGUGAUGGCCAGACAGAGAACGCUGCAUAUGCAGGGCGUGUGCGGUUCGAGACCAGCGACCCAAUAGCAGACUCUGCUCUGAUAAUUAUGGGCACAAGUUCCUCAGAUGAGGGCAAGUACAUCUGCAAAGUCGCCACCUUCCCCACAGGAAACUUUGAGUCUGAGGUUUCUCUCAUAAUUUGGACUAAACCCAUCACAUCCCUGGAGCCAGUCAUCCUUGUUGAGGGCCAGUCAUUCCGUGUGGCCGCUACAUGCCGUUCGGUGGCUAAGCCAAUAGCAGGCCUCUCCUGGGAUACAGACCUGCCAGGUCAGAGCCAGAACAGAAGCUUUGAUGAUGGGGUGGCCUCUAUCCAGUUUUCCCUCCACCCUCUCCGUGGCAUGAAUGGUCAGAAGCUGGACUGCCUGGUCUGGCACCCAUCUCAAAACGGCCCCCGGAGGAUCAGCAAUAACCUUGUAGUACACUAUCCUCCAAGUGCAUUGAUAUCUGGCUAUGAUGACAACUGGCAUGUUGAAAUGCUAGAUGCCACGCUACAAUGUACUGGUCAAGGAAAUCCAAAACCUCACCAAUUCAACUGGACUAGGAAAGGUGAAGUUCUACCAGAGGGUGUGACCGUGGAUGGUGGCAUUCUUCACUUUAGUAGGCCCCUCCUUUUGACAGAUCAAGGAGACUAUAUCUGCAUGACCACCAAUCAGGUGGGAUCUGGUAAAGUGGAGAUUGCAAUAAUUAUAUCAGAGUCAUCUAAGCAGCAGACAUCAGUUAACCACAUACUGAUGAUUAUUAUUGGUGGAGUGGCCUCAGUGGUUGUUCUCACUCUUGUUAUAGUGAUCAUUUCCGUAAAUCGGCACUAUAAACGCAAAAACCAACAUCUGGCCAUAGAGCUGGACGCAAAAAAGGAAGAAAUCAGCACUCUAUCAAGACAAGCCUCGAUUAGGAGAGUAAACUCAGGCAGCGCAGACAACAGAUACUCGGACGAUCAUCACUUAAGAGUUGAGGGGACCUUGCGCACCAGUCUCUCCUCCCUGGAUCGUCCUAACUCCAGGGAUAGUCGUUCCACUCUGGGAGUGGUAGACUUCCUCGGCCGUCCUGCACUUCAUAACUCUUCCAGAAGAUGUAGAGACAAAGUUAUGGAGAGAGACAGAGAUGACAGAGAUUCCACUCGAUUGAUGGAGUCUUUUGAAUGGGGCAGUAAUAUGGCACAGGAAACACAACUCCACCCUCCUCUCCGAUCUCGGAACGGCUGUGCCAUUUUCCUUGCAGAUGGGACAACGCAAUCAGGAGGCAGUAGCAGAGGAGGCAGCCGAGGUCAUAAUUCACCUUUAGUGUCCACAUACCCAACUCUUACCGAUGAAGAGGAAGAUUCUGUUAGCCCUAUAGAUGAAGAUUUAGCCGUUCACAGAGGCAUAAUGGAGCCUGACGGUUUUGAAAAUGGCGGCAGCGAGACGGCGAGUUCUCAGAUAUCGGAGGCGCUAUCCAAUCAUUUUGAGCAAAGUAAUGGCACGCUAUGGCCCAAGUCAAAACCCAAUAACAUCCUGCUCCCCGCCAACAGCACUACCUUGCUCCUCACUCCCUAUAGCUCAUCUAUCCACAAAGCUCAGAUCGUUUAGACUCUAAACUGCUUCGAUUUGUAUUUUUGGCCUCAGUUUUUGGAAAUGUCUUUCAUUAAAAGAAUCUUGAAUUUAUUAUAAACACAUUGAAUAUGAAACAGAAGGAUUUGGUCUUCUGUAACUUCACUUCCCAACAGGGGGGUGUCUAGACCCUAGAUAAAGACUUUCACAUACAUUUUUUCAGAACGCUAACCCAAAAGUGGAUGUACAAAUCAUAUUUUUGCAUAGAGAACAUAUCAAAGUAUUUAAAAAAGUUACUUUUCAUUUAGAUGGUGCCUUUUAUUCAAACGUAUAAUAUAAACAGUCAUAGCUAUCAACUUUUUGAACUUUUAUGCAAAUACAUUGUCAUGGUGGCAAAAAUGUGGACCAAAUGACUGUGAGGCCAUCAUCUAACUUAGUGUUUCUCAAACCUUUCGGAGCUAAGGAGCCCUUUCGUGACCCUAAAGUGUUUGUGGACCCUGGUUAAAUACACAGUCUUCAAACAUUUGUUGCUUUGAAUCUACAUUGUGAUUCUGAGAGCUGGCUGGUUUGGUUCCAGGAUUAUAAUUCUUCAUCGAAGAAUAUUUUGAAAUGCCUAUGGAGAAAAUGAACUUUUGUAUACAAGGAAUUUUCUGGUUAUUUGCAAUGGACCCCAAGGGUUUAAGAAGGGUUGAUCUAACUGAACUCGGACCGAAAGAACAGUAUCAGCAUUACUCGCAUAGUACCUCAGUUGCAUAAUCCACAAUGUAUUCUGGAACUGGGCCUCUUGAUUAUUAAGGGGCACACCAUGUCUUUCAGCUACAGAUUCAUUGGAGACCACCCGACCUGAGCUUUCUCAUAUGAACAGGGAGAGAGAAUUAAGAUUUGAUUUUUAUACUGUAUGCAACCGGCUUUGGAAGAAAAACACUACAUGAUAUACCUGUUUUCUUCACAGUCUGGGCAGUUAAUCCUUCACUGUGACUUUUGGAUCUUGAUGUUUGUAAUCCAGAGAUGUACAAUUGGUAUUUUGGAAUAUUUUUUGCAUAUGUACGUGUUUUUCCACUGAAAGCUAUCCCAUUAAUGGUUUACAAUUUGCAAUGCCACUGCAUGAAUAGUAUUAUGAAGUAUUACAGAUUGCCAGCAAUACAACUUUUGUGACUGGCUGUUGUCUGUUCACAGAAUGUCAGUGACAUUGUCAUUGUUUACAUCGUGCAUACUUCAUUAUAAUAGUGCUUUAAACAUAUUUAGUUUGACAACACUUUUGGUGUUACCACAAGUUAGGCUACCACAAAUUCAAACACGGCUGUGACCUCUUUUUACCUAACAAAAUAUAAUGCCUUGUUCCUGAUGAUAAUUUUACUGUAUUCAUUUUAUUUGAGUAUAUCAUUUGUUACAACAGAGUGUGGAUGUGGCUUUAACAGCCAGUUAUUAAAUCUACUGUAUGUAACUAUGUUUGACUAAUUUCUGUAAACACUGGAUAUAAAACUGCAUGGUUUGACAUUUUUUGGCAGAUGAACAGAGGUAUCUGGGGUGUGGUGACUCCCUUCCAAAUAUUUACAACUUAAUUCACGCUAGCGCCAUCUUUGAUUUAUAAUAGGAAUGACAACGAGCCUGUGAGGGAUAGAUUUACAGUCUCUUCAAUGGAACGAAUGGUACUGUGGUUGACAGAGGUGGGUAGAGUAGCCAAAAACUGUACUCAAGUAAAAGUACAAUUACUUCAAAAACAUAAUUGCUCAAGUAGAAGUAAAAGUACUAACAUAAAUAAUUACUUGAGUUAGAGUAAGAAAGUAUCCAAUUAAAAAAGUACUCAAGUAGUGCGUACUUUAGUAAUGUUACUUUCACAAAUGAAACAAUAGACGUUUACUCCCCUAUAUUCCAUUACAUAAUACACAUUGAACCUGUAUUAUAGAAUUAUUAUUAUUAUUAUUAAUGGAAAUUCUGUCAUCUUUCACCAUCAGGUUGUUCCAAACCCAUAUGACUUUCUUUCUUCCAUGCAACACAAUAAGGAGAUAUUAGACAGAAUGUUUCCCUGAGUCACUAUUUACUUUCAGUGAAUGUUUUUUAUAUAUAUGUAUAUAUUUUGAAAGUGAAUGGUGACUGAGACUGUCAGUCCCUAACAUUCUGUCUAACAUAUUUUGUGUUCCACAUAAUACAAAGCCUCACACUGGUUUGGAACAACAUGAGGGUAGAGAAAUGAUGACAGAAUAUUAAACUUUGGCUGAGCUAUCACUUUAAAGAGAUAGUUUACCCAAAAAUAAAACAUUCUCUCAUCAUUUACUCACACUCAUGCCAUCCCAGAUGUGUUUGACUUUCUUUCUUCUGCAGAACACAAAUGAUGAUUUUUAGAAAAAUAUUUCAGCUAUUGAUGCUCCAAAAAGCACAUAAAGGCAGUAUAAAAGUAAUCCAUAAGACUCCAGUGGUUUAAACCAUGUCUUCAGAAGUGAUAUGAUGUGUGGGUGAGAAACAGAUCAAUAUUUGUAAUGUUUUGCUAGACAGCAGGGGCGAUAUGCAGAAAAGAAUGUGAAUCACUAAAAACAAAAGAAGAAUGUGAAAUUGAUCUGUUUCUCUGUUUCUCAUCCACAAUUAUCAUCCACACCAUCACUUCUGAAGAUACUGAUUUAACCACUGGAGUCUUAUGGAUAAUUUUUAUGCUGAUUUAUGUUUGUUUGUUUAGCUUUAAAUUGUUGCCACCCAUUCACUUGCAUUGUAUGGACAUACAGAGCU